AUGGAUCGCGUCUUCGAAGGCCUCAUAGGGAUAGAUGUCGUUGUUUGGACGAGGUGCUCGGGAGGUGGUCGGGAGGAAGGUUUGCUUCUUAAGCUGAAGAAGAGCGAAUACGUCAAGCGAGAAGCGAAGCUGUUGGGGUUCAUUGUGAGCGAGAAAGGCAUCAAGCUGGAUCCGAAGAAGAAGGCUGAGUUCGUUUGGAAUGAGGAACAGGAACAGGAAUUCCAGAGCAUCAAGAGGUCAGUGGCCGAGUAUUGCUAG